AUGAUGACAGCCUGUGCCAGAAGCCCUAAUGAGAAGAAGUUGGGAGGGAAGACCACAACCCCACAUUUUCUGUUCCAGCUGGCUGCAGCCUUGGAAAACCCCACCAUCAAGUCACUGGAGUGGCAUGAAGAUGGAAAGGGUGUUAUCCUCCAUGCCAAGAUGUAUGAGGAAGAAAUCCAGCAACACCAAGACUUGUUUCCUGAGCUCAAGAAUCUGAAAUCUGUUUCAGUUUUGCAAGCUUGGCUAACUACUUAUGGUUUCAAGGCAAAAAUGACCAAAACUGACUCUGACAUGCUCGUUUUUCAGCAUGCAGACUUCAAGAAGCUGUCUCCAAGGGCAGAGGAGGCUGAGAGCUCCAAAGCUGAAGCUUCCUUUGUGCUGAAGCAACCCAAGAAAUCCAAGAAAAGAAAGUCAACUCAAGAAAUCACCCCAGUCCCACCUGCCACCACAGGGAGUUCUCUGCCUCCAGAAUCUGCAACUAUAGAGAAAAAGUCCCAGCGUUUGCGUCCUUUAUAUCAAUAUAUUAACUACGACAACCCAGAGAUGAACAGACCAUCGGACAAGGAAUAUGACCUGCCCCACAUGGAGGUUCCUUCUCCCCUAGAGAACAAGACAGGCUCCUUAGAACUGAGAAUAACUCCAUCAAUAGAAGAGAAAGGCAAGGAACUGAGAAAUCUACCAAGUACCACUUCAGGUGCUGUAGUGAAAACAGAGGUAGAUAAGUCUACUCAAGUGGACAUUGAUAAGAUGCUCAGCGUCUGCGCAGCUCAUCUCGUUCCUCCAUUGUCACCACAGAACAAGUAAUCGCAUCUGACAGAAGGCCUAGCUCCUCCCUGAAGAGAUCAGCAGUGCUGUUUUUCAGAGACAGGAAUUUUACUAGAUGCUCCUUGUAUCCCAUCUGAGUGUAAUUCCUCAAGUUUUGUUCAUUAUAGUCAACUGUCAGACUAUAAGCAUUUGUUCCUUGUCAGUAAAAAAGAGAAAAAAUGGGGCCAGUCUAAGCAGGAGUGGAAUU